AUGUCCUAUCCUCUGCAGCAGCUCUUCUACGAUGGCAAAGGCCAGCCAGCAACAUCUGGCAAAACCUUCUUGAGCGUCGACCCCUCCACGGCCAAACCCCUUGCAGAAGUGCAGACGGCCUCUGAAUCCGACGUCGAUGCCGCGAUAGCUUCAGCGCAAAAUGCGUUUCCUUCCUGGUCGCAGAUGUCGCCCGUGGCCCGCUCUCGAAUCCUCCUUAAAGCGGUCGAGAUCCUCCGCUCCCGCAAUGACGAGAUUGCCAGAGUUGAAACCCACGACACAGGCAAGCCGUUCUCCGAGACGAGCACGGUAGACGUCGUCACCGGCGCUGAUGUUCUGGAAUAUUUCGCAAACCUGGUGGCGAGUGGCGGUCUGAAUGGAGAAACUACACAUCUACGACCAGAUGCGUGGAUAUACACCAAGAAGGAAGCCCUCGGGGUUUGCGCCGGCCUAGGAGCGUGGAACUACCCAAUUCAAAUUGCGUUAUGGAAAUCUGCGCCCUGCCUCGCAGCCGGCAAUUGUAUGGUAUAUAAGCCAUCCGAGGUAACUCCAUUACACGGCCAGAUUCUUGCGCAAGUUUAUGCUGAAGCUGGAGUUCCGCCGGGAGUGUUCAAUAUUGUACAUGGUGAUGGUGCAGUUGGCGCUUACCUAGUUGCCCAUCCUGGCAUUUCAAAAGUAAGCUUCACUGGUCAAGUCUCGACCGGGCAGAAAGUCGCAGCUUCUGCAGCGGGCGGGAUGAAGUAUGUGACGAUGGAGUUGGGUGGCAAGAGCCCGCUUAUCAUUCUUCCUGAUACGGAUCUAGAGAAUGCGGUAGAUGGAGCCAUGAUGGCGAAUUUCUUCUCUACCGGUCAAGUGUGCACGAAUGGAACGCGAGUCUUCGUUCACCGGGACAUGAAGGCUGCUUUUGAGAAACGUCUAGUGGAGAAGAUGGAAUACAUUCGCGCACUGGAACCAAUGGAUCCCAAUAGCAAUUUUGGCCCUCUGGUCUCGGAAAUCCAUUACAAGAAAGUUCUUGGUUAUAUCAAUCACGGAGUCGAUGUUGAUAAGGCCAAACUCCUCUAUGGUGGCCCCGCAAGACCUGCCAAGAUCCCGUCAGGCUACGAGAACGGGUUCUGGGUCCAACCGACAGUUUUUACAGACUGUACGGAUAGUAUGAAGAUUGCCACAGAAGAGAUAUUUGGGCCUGUCCUCUGUAUCUUGACCUGGGAUAAUCUCGAGGAAGUCAUCACACGCGCUAAUAACACGAAACUCGGACUCGCUGCCGGCGUGUUCGGAAAGGAUCUGAACAAAUGCCAUUAUGUUAUCAGUAAAUUGGAAGCAGGCAUCACCUGGAUUAACACAUGGGGAGAAAGUCCCGCCGAGAUGCCUGUCGGAGGAUGGAAGAUGAGUGGUGUUGGUGUUGAGAAUGGGAGAAGAGGGCUAUCGGCAUGGGUCAGAGAGAGAAGUACUCUUGUCGAAGGCAGUGGCGCUGUAGCGACUGUGUUUUCGAAGUUGUGA